AUGUCUUGCGAUACUAUAAGCCCUGAAUUUGCUCAGAUUGACUUCAAUUUGUACAACUACAUAGCUGUCAAUCCCAACACACUUAUACCGCAUCCUCCAAAUGUUCCAAACUAUACAGCAGCUUAUGACAGUAACAACAGCUGUCUUCAACAGAUAACUAGCAACUGCAUCAACAGCAUCAACGGCAGCGGAAGCAAUUUUGACUUAUGUACUGUUGAUAAUGACCUGAGUACUGAUGCUUACUAUCCUUCCCCUUUACAACCUAACACACCACCUUAUUACUUUGACAAAUUACAAACACCCAUGCCACCAUUCAGAACUGCUAGUACUGUCAAUAAUAACCUUAGUGACGGCAAUAAUUUGGCAUACACACAUUCUUACAUUCUGCAAGAGGAUAAUUUCUCUAUUGCUACAGCAACUGACUUUAAUAACAAUAAUAGUCUUUUUACAGAAUCACCAGUAACAGUAUCUACGCGAGUAAAUACAACGACUAAUGAACAACGGCCAUUACUGUUUCCAUAUCUGUCAAACGCAACACCCUCUCCACAACUGUCUAAUUUGACUUCAAGCUAUGGCUGCAAUAGCAGUAGCGGUAGUAGUGAACCUGCAUUUAGCCGUCGUAAUACCUAUCACGAUAUUUCUGUUACUACCGAUAAUGGAUUACUGAUCGCGCCGGUCGUGAAAGGAAAUGCUUUACCGUAUCCUACAACAUUUUCAUUCCAUCAGCAACCGUCACAAUAUAGUUAUAGUGCUGCAGCAAGACCAACGACUAAUGCUGCUACAGCAGCAGCAACAGCCAAUGUUAAGAUAGUUAAUAAUAAGGGCUUGCUUGAUGCAGCAUCAGACAAAAAGCAUGUGUGUCCCAUAUGUAAUCAUAGAUCAAAGCGUAAACACAACCUUAUUGAACACAUGUUGACGCAUAAUCCUCACAGGCCAAAAUCAUUCUUGUGCAGUUAUUGUACUCGACCUUUUGCAAGGAAAUAUGAUAUGAAAAGACAUGAAAAAAUUCAUAUUCGAAGAUACCGGUCCUCCUGCUGA